AUGGUGGCUCGUGCCAUCCGUCCUGUCUGGGCACGAGUUGCAUUAACAGAAUGCUAUUAUUCCCUGGGUGUCAUGUCACUAAGCACGUGUAGUAACAUCAGACUCCGCAUUCUAGUUAAAUGUGCUCUUCCGUGGAGCUACUCCACCGAAUCCUCAUGCUUACUUAUCUUGGACAUGCCCGUCUGCCAAGUUUGCUUGGCUGGCGAUCCGGGUAUCGAGGCGAUGCUUCUGCUCUUCCGACGAUCUUGGAUGAGUAUAUUAUCUUCACUAGGCGGUCUUGUCCCCUCUGUCUUCGCUUAUGAUCUCCAUCGUUACCAUGGUAAUCCGCCACACCUUACUACUCUUAACUCAUACAAUUGCUUAUCGUCCGCACUAGUCUUCGGUCAUACUCAGAGUUAG